AUGUUUGGGAUGAGAUUGGAACACCUGAAUCACAUGAUAUGGAGGGGAUAGGAACACCUGAAUCACAUGAUUGGGAGGGGAUUGGAACACCUGAAUCACAUGAUUGGGAGGGGAUUGGAACACCUGAAUCACAUGAUAUGGAGGGGAUUGGAACACCUGAAUCACAUGAUAUGGAGGGGAUUGGAACACCUGAAUCACAUGAUAAGGAGCUGAUUGGAGCACCUGAAUCACAUGAUAUGGAGCUGAUUGGAACACCUGAAUCACAUGAUAUGGAGGGGAUUGGAACACCUGAAUCACAUGAUAUGGAGCGGAUUGGAGCACCUGAAUCACAUGAUUGGGAGGGGAUUGGAACACCUGAAUCACAUGAUUGGGAGCGGAUUGGAGCACCUGAAUCACAUGAUUGGGAGGAGAUUGGAACACCUGAAUCACAUGAUUGGGAAGGCGGGGAAAAU